CAACCUCAGCUACAUACUCUUCACCCAUGUUGGCUGCUGCCACCACCAUUGGCCACCCCAGGAGAAAGACUGGUAGUGUUCAUGUGAAUUUCAUAACAGGGUUGAACUCUUUCGGUGGAUUGAAAGCUCAUACCAAAGUAGUCUCACUUGGCCAACCAGUGUGCAUUCAACAAUCUUUUGCAAACUUUAUCAGCUCACUCAAAGCUCCAUCAAGUGGGAAAGGUAGAGGUGGUGGUGGUGUACUCUCUUCAACUUGCAAUGCAAUUGGUGAGAUAUUCAGGAUUACAUCGAUCAUGAAUGGACUUGUUCUCGUCGGAUUUGCAGUGGGAUUCGUUCUCCUUCGAAUCGAAGCGUCUUUGGAAGAAGCCGAGUCAUGAGUGAGAAAUUCAAGAUUUGCUUUAUCAAUGUCUCUACCGAAUUUGCACUUUGAUUGCUAUGUGAAAACGUAAUUGUUUUUCAAUUCCAACUAAAUUAGCACUUUGGGUUGCUGUUUUAAAACUCUAUAUCGAAUAAAAUAUAUUAAUAGACAAAUUUCUUUA